AUGCGUGUAGCGGCUCAACGCUUUGACCAGAGCGCGUACGGCGGUCAGCGUGUGGCCGGCGACGGCGUUGCCCCUUUGGGUUGCUGCUGCGGCGGAUGCGCCGCCGAGCGACCCCCGUGUUGCUGCGAGUCUUUCCGCGAGAGUGCGGAGGCCUCAGGCGUUCCUCCUCAGCGUGGUGCUACGCAGCCGCGGCAGCAGCAACUGCGGCGUCACCACCAGCAACAAAAUGAGGGUGGUGAAGAACAGCUGCAGGAACGUCAACGCUCUUCUUCUCGUCACUGCUUUUGCUGCGUUCCCGAGCAGGAGGAGCUGCAGGAGUACGAGCGUAUGGAGAAGGAGCGGCGGUACCGGUCAAUGCGCGCGGAGCGGCAGCAGCUUCAGGCUGCAUUACACGAUGAUGUGUGGCGUGGUGCGACCCCUCGCUAUGAGCCUUCCUUGGAGCACUCCUACAGGUCCAACACCGCUCAACUGCUCCGUUAUUCGCAAGGGUCUUUUUACCAGCGUGCCGUCGCGAUGGAACGGGAACGCCGGCGACGGGAGUUGCGUAAGGAGAUUGAGGAGAGAAAGCGAGAAAUGAGCGCGCGUGGGCCGAAGCGCCAGCCGAUGGCAGUUUUCACCUCGCUAGGCGGUGUGAAACGAACAGUUGCCCCGGCUCAGCGGAUGCGUGGGCCGGAUGUUGCGGGCUGUCCUGUGUGUGUGUGCCCCACAACGGGUCUAAUGCAGCAUCCGCACCCUGGCAGCGGCGUGCGAACGGCGGCAACGAGGUCAGCGGCAUUGCUGGCGCCCCGCGGUGGGAGUAGAGGCCGCAGCUGUCCGUAUCUGCGUGCGCGAAAAAGUCAUAAAGGAACCGACCCUCAUGUGUCAGGAGGCACACCACUUGCUCUGACGGGCAUGGGCAUGGACAUGGGCAAGGGCAAGGAAGCAGCGUCGGUUCCCUCCGCACCACAUUCUCUCCCUUGCCGCAGGGUUAAAGAAGGGCGAGAGGCGCCUUCGCCAAGUUUGCCGCUACGUGGUGGAAAACCCGAGUGCCGCUGUAGGCCGUGCAAGUGUUGCCAGUGCCCUGAAUCCGAGUGUCGCUGCAAACCGUGUAGGUGCUGCAGGUGCGCUGACGGGGCCGGCUCCGCGGAGGUUACGCCCACCAUUCCUCACACCGCAGAUACUGUGCCGGCAGCGAAAGUAGAAGAAAAAGGUCAAGAGGCGCCUGCUGUGCCCUUGCGAGCCACGUCUGCGCCGCCGCGUUUGUCUCGUUUGCAGCGAAGUGCCACUGACCACGGUAGAAAGAUUUAUAUCACAGACGAUGCAUAUUUGUCUCGACGAUCCAAAGUUAUUGAGCUUUUGGAGCGGGACGGAUACGUGCGACGCCUCAGCCCCACGACGCGCAGCCCAAGUGCGCCACUGCCUGAAAAGACGCGAAAGUGGGCCACAACGCGGAGUACCAGCGCCCAUCGCGUCUGUGUCUAA